GAAUUUUAUUCCAAAUUUUCUAUAAAUGCAAUUUAAUAUACAUGUAUAUCAAAACUAUAUCACAAGUUCUUUACAAAUCGAAAAUUUUCUGAAAAUCUAAAAAAUUAUCGAAAAAUAUUCAUAAAUAAAAAAUUUCUUAAUAUUUUUGUAAAUUCGCCUGGUAACCAUACAAAAUCCAACUGUCACUCUCUCGUUCUGUCUUGUAUGAAGAAGAAAGUAACAAAGAAAAAUUGUAACAAAAACACACACACACUCUACAAACAUACAAUAAAAUAAAUUUUUGUUAUCUGUGCGAAAUGUUUGCAUUUUUUUAGUUAAUUUAAUCACAAAUUUUUCAUCAUACUAGUUGUACACACUUUUUAUUAUCCGAGUGACUAAUUUCUUUAAAAAAAAUUAUAAAUAUUUAGUGACUUUGAAAUAUCUAUGGAAUUAAAAACUCCUCUAGCUAAAAAAUACCCCUGCAAAGUGUAGGAAAACAAAUUAUACGGGCAGCCAUAGAUAACAAUUUAACAACAUAUAAAAAGAAAGAAAAUUCUAAACAAACGCAAAAUGAAUAACAAAAAAACUGUUUUACAACAUGAAAGUAAUAACUUAACACAAACAAUUGAAUUACCAACAAAUACGACGGUAGCCGCAGCAGCAGCAACAACUUCAGCAACCGUGAUGAUGACGACAAAUGUAACAACAACAUCUACAUCGACAACGUCUUCAACCAAAGAGAAAGAAAAGAAAGGAGGUUGGUUUCAUUCAUUAACCCGUCGCAAAAAGACUCCAUCACAAUCAUCCAUAAAUUAUACAAAUUCCUCGACUCCAACAUCUAGAGAAUCCAACGACUUCAUGAUAAUGACAACAAAUCCUACAAACAGUUUUUUACAACAGACUAAUAAUAAUAAUGAACCCUUAAUGAGAUCCUGUAAUGCUGGCUUCACGGCCAAUGAUCAUUUAACUUCAGCUGAUGUACCCAGUUGUAGUAGCAAUAGUGCUGGCACACGUAAACGUAAAGAUGAAAAGAACGUAUUUCAACGUUUGCGUAAGCGUAUGGGUUUACGUUUUUCCUCCCUUCGACGUCACAAACACUCAUCGCUAGAUGAAGGAGGUGCGACCACAGAUGCUACAUAUGAGUUUCUUACACAUUCACCGCAACACGAACCAUUACAUUUCAAUUUUAAACGGAGCUCGAGCAGUAACUGCGGCACUGCUGGUCUUUCCACCGAUGACAAUGAUAUGAUACCAUUUACAAAUGAUUUUAAACGUUUCAUACGAAAAAAAUGGCUGGAACGAGAAGAUGGACAAAAUUUAAUAAUGUACGAAGCGAGUUCGGAAAUGUUGAACCAAGUGUGGUAUUGGGGUGAAAUCUCCCGACGUGAUGCCCAAAAACAACUAUCCGACAAACCAACUGGUUCAUUUUUAGUUCGCGACUCCGAGACAAGCGGCUGUCAGUUUACAUUAUCCUUUCGUAUUAUCAACGUUACUCUUCACUAUCGUCUCGAAUAUCGCAAUGAUUAUUGGCAUUUUGAAGAACUGCAAUACGAAUCCAUUGUUGAAAUGAUUGAGGAUAUUUUAUAUCGUUGUACAAAUGAUAAUUUUGUUUGUUUCGUUAAGGUACCAAAUGAAAUGCAACCACCGUUUCCAGUUAUACUAAAAUAUCCACUUAGUCGAUAUUUAAAUAUGCCAAAAUUACAGGAUUUAUGUCGUCGUGCUAUACAGCGUUCAACGAAACCGGAGGAUAUAGCAAAGAUGUCUAUACCGCCGGGUCUACAAGAGUAUUUAGCUGAAAGCCGAGAACUUGUAUUUUAAAAUUUGUAAUUUAUGUGAAAUAUGCAAGAAAGGAAAGAGAAAAAUGUAUGUAUUAUUUUUUAUUAUUAGUAA